AUGGCUCACAUGAGCUUUGACGGCGCCGAUGUGCCUUUUUGUGAUCCUCGUCCAGCUGCGCCGCGGCCAGCCGGGAGCUCAUUUGCGGGGCCCAACAGCCACACGUGGAAUGCACCGUCGCCUUCCUCGCCGUACGACGCCAACGAGUCGGGCGAAGGCUGGCGGUACGUGCGCCGUAUCGCCAACCUUGCCUACAAUACUGUCAGUGGGGUGCUAGGCGUGUUGCAUGUGAGGCCACACGGGGAGGUCAAUGCGUUCACGGACAACAACACCUCUGCGAAGGCGUUCCCCUACGCGACAGUCCAUCCCAACACACCCCACAUCUCUACCACGACUCCGGCGCAAAGCUACUCUGGUGCCCCGCAGCCGUCUGAGGAGACGCACGUAGCCGACACCAUCGAGCUCCGCCGUCCGCGACGCAGCACAGUUCAGUAUCAUCUGCCACCUCCGCAGCCCCCGGUCUCGGAGCCGGCACCGCAGACGCGCGACGCGCUGCUCGCUUACCCCUCGGUACGAGAGCCCCCACAGUGCCAGAUCACUGUGAACCAGUACUUCGCGGCACCCGAGCGCAGCAUUUAUCCUAUGGUGUUCGCACAUCCAGACGAGGCCGCGACGUACCGUGGCGCCACUGCUUACCCGUCUCGUGCGAGUCUUCUUACUUCCCCGUCCAGCUUGCAGGUCCAUGCCAAGCGUCCGCGUCUCGCGUCUCCUCCGGUAGCUGCCGCUGAGUCGCGGAUGCGCAAGACACCAAAAACAGCCACUGACAACGACGCCUGCGAUGCGUCGUUGAGCAACGCUCCGUCGGCCAUCCCGCUGGGCUCGCAGGAGAACUCCUUGACGGUGCCUAUUGGGUCGCUUGCGACGGUAAGACUGUUUGGCAAGGCGAAAACAUCCAGCAAUGAUGACGCCUCUGCUGCUGCAAAGCCUUCUUCCCCGCUGGCCGAUGUGCCUACCGUGAAGGCGCCUCUCUUUGGAGGCACAGCGACACCUGCAGCUGUCGCUGCAGCCCCCAACUCGUUCGUCUUCGGCUCAAAGCCUGCAGGGGCGAUUCCUGCACGUUCUGCCCCUGCGGCACCCGCCUUUGGCGCUCCAAAGACGAACUCGUUUGUGAAGCCGGGCCCACCGGCGGUCAUUGCGGAUGACAGCGGGUUUGCGCCCAACGCGGACAGCGACGACGACGACAAGGGCAACGACAGGGUCACAAAGCCCCCGAAGGAAAGCUCGGCGCCGGCAAAGGCGGCAUUUAGCUUUAGCCCCAUUGGCGUGAAGCCCACCUUUGGUGCAACACCACCGUUGUCUACGGGAACUCCUGCAAACCCCUUUUCCUUCUCAGCUAAGCUUGCCGAGAAGGCGGACACACCUACGGCGCCCGCCUUUGGCGCUCCGAAGACGAACUCGUUUGUGAAGCCGGGCCCACCGGCGGUCAUUGCAGAUGACAGCGGGUUUGCACCCAACGCGGACAGCGACGACGACGACAAGGGCAACGACAAGAAAGCGAAGACUGAAAGUGCCACUUCGGGUGGGAGCAGCGGUGCCUUCUCAUUCAACCUGAACUCGAAUCGCGCGAAGCCAGCUUUUGGAUCCGGGCUCUCAUUUGGAGGAUCGUCAUCGCUCGGGGCAAGCACGGGUGCCUCCGGGACCGCGUCCAAUCCCUUCUCGUUCCCCAGCCACCCCACGCCGACAGGGUCGUUUGGUGCUUCAUGCACCCCCAGCUUCUCCUUUACCUCUUCAAAGAAGUGA